AUAAACAUCCCUCGCCAUCUCCCUUCUCUUUAAACUUCGCCAUCACCGCGGGGGGAAACUCCUCCUAUUCUUGCGUCCAAUUAAUUAUUAGGGUCUGGCCCUUUAAGACGGAGCAGAGGGUCAGCAAGUGGCGUAGAGUUUCUCUAAUUGAACUUCGCCCAAUCAACAACAACUCGUUAGCGGUCGCUUGAUCUCUCCUGUUUUCUGCGCUUUGGCUUAUUUUUUUGCGUGGAGCGACUCGGCCCCCGUGGCCAGUGUCAUUUUCACUUCCCAGACAAAUCCAUGGGGCUCCUCGGGAACAGUGGGAUUGCUGCUAGCGGACUGGGGCUCGGGUGCGUGUGAGAGCGCAGCGCACUCCUGAAGCAAUGCUGUUUUCCGACAAAUACCUCAGACCGAAGAGUGAAAGCGGUUCCGACUAAAAGCCAGCGAUUCGAACCUGGGAGGAAAGGGUUUUUAUGCAGAAAGAAGCGAUCGCAGCUGUUGCUCGAAGCAGAAAACUUUUUUUGAACACUUUCUCACAGGACUGUCAUGACCUCCAGUAAAGACAUGAAGGCAGGCUCGGUGUUGCAAUCGGGCAGCGAGGAGAGGAGACGGGGUGCUUUAGAUCAGCUGCCACCCCCCGCUAACUCCAACAAGCCUCUAACUCCGUUCAGCAUUGAGGAUAUCUUAAACAAGCCGUCCGUGAAGAAGUCGGUGACGAGUCUGUGUCCGCCGCGCGUGCUCGAGAAGGUAGCGGGAGCGAACGCAGCGCGGAACGGCCUCAGCACUCCCUCUUCACCCUUAUGCGCUCUGGAGGAGCUAGCAAGCAAAACUUUUAAAGGACUUGAAGUCAGCGUUAUACAAGCGGCAGAAGGUCGUGAACACCUGAACGCGUUUGGCCAGCGGCAGGUGUCGAAAAAGCGGCGGAAAUCGCGCACGGCCUUCACCAACCACCAGAUCUACGAGUUAGAGAAGCGCUUCCUGUACCAGAAGUACCUCUCACCGGCUGACCGCGAUCAGAUCGCGCAGCAGCUCGGCCUCACCAACGCACAGGUCAUCACCUGGUUUCAGAACCGACGAGCUAAGCUCAAGAGAGACCUGGAGGAGAUGAAGGCGGAUGUGGAGUCGCUGAAGAAGAUCCCCCCGCAGGCGCUGCAGAAACUCGUGACUAUGGAGGACAUGGACGAUGCGCACGGCGGCUCGGCUCCGAUCUCCCCGAGCGCGUCGCCGACAGCACACGGCCUCAGAGCGUUCCCUCAGUCGCCGCCUUCAUCCCGAGGCCAAACCACAGACGAGUUCUCCGAAGAGGACGAAGAGAUCGAGGUGGACGAUUGAGACCUGGCCCAGUCAUUUUGCGUACCGGGCGUCUCUUUUCUGUGCUGAUGAAUCUGAAAUGUCCUCACUGCUCUGUGCAGCAGAAGAACAGCCGUUUUUAUCCACACAACUUUUGCACGAAUGUUGAACUCUGCGGAAGAACUUAAAAUUGAAAGGAUGGUUUUUUUCCCCUCUCUCUCUCUCUCUCUCUCUCUCUCUCUCUCUCUCUCUGUCUCUCUCUCAUGUUUUAAUUUAUUGCAAGGAUUGUAAAAGCCUCCUCGACUGACGACCAGCUGAAAAGGAGUACAUUUUCAUUCAGUAGGAUAUGAGAAUUGAGUAGUGAUUGUGGUACAAGAUCACGAAUGCAACAUGUGUAUGUACUUGGAAAGGUUUCUUUUAUGCCACAUAAUAUGAGGGGAAACUUGUGCAAUUGUUUCGUUACGCAGUUCAUCAGUAGCAUCACACCAACUUCAUUACUGUUAUAGCUGCUAAUGAUACGCAUCUGCCAAAUGUGAUUUUUUCAACGAAUUGCUCAAAUAUAUAGUCAUAUUUAUAUUUAUACAAUGUCAAGAAAGAUGUCAGUUGGGUCAUACGAUUAGUAUUUGCCAUUUCGCUGAAAAUGAAUAUUCCCAAUUACAGUUGCUGAAACAUUUUCUCCCGUAUUAGUGAGAUAUUUGUAAUUCUGGUCCUGGAUGAAAAGCCACUCUUAUGAAAACUUUUGAGAAUUUUUUUUUGCCAAAUUAUCCAAAUAACAGGGGGGUAAGGUUGUGUGUAUAAAUCAACUUAUGAUGCAUUUACGCGAUAAAGUUAUUGUAACAUUCUAUUUAAUCACCAUUUAUGUAAAUAAAGGUUAUAUGAUAUUUCA